AUGUCGGCAUCCGUAUCGCUGCGCAAGCGGCGCUCAGUUGCAUCACGACCCAUCACCAACCGGCCGCAGACCAUCACGGGUCAACAGAACAAAGCGCUGGAUGCUGAGCAGGAACGCGAGCGCCAGGCCAAGCAACUCGACGCGCGUCGUCGCCGUGCCCGUCGGCGACUCGACGAACUCGAGCGUAUCAACUACCGCGAUGCGCCCACCGCCUCCUCCUCCACCUCCGUCUCUACUCCGAUUGAGCCUGCAAACGAAGCUGCGGUCGAUGUCGAGGGAGCUGGGUCGGCAAGUGCAGGCGUGAGUGUGGCACAGCGACGCAGGAACCAAGCCGAAGUCAAGCGCAUCCUGGUCGCCGGACGGCGCAACCUGCACGCGGUUGUCGAGGAGCUCGUGGAUCAGGGAAGGUUGCCGCUGGUGCCGGGUAAGGAUGCGGCGAAUUGGAGGAGUGUCAGGUCGGCCCCGCCCACUCGGCCAGCGCGCAGGUUUUGCAGCAUCUGCGGCUUCCAUGGCGAUAUGGCGUGCACGAGCCACGACGAGACGCGCUGCGACCGCCCGCUUCGCUAA